AUGCUUGCCGACCUGGCCUUCGACAAGCCGGCGGCAGUCGACGCCGUCCUAGGCGCCGAUAUCUACGGCGUACUGCUGGACGAAGGGGUCAAGCGUGGACAUCCGGGGGAACCAGCCGCUCACUCUACCGUGUUCUGUUGGGUGCUGAUGGGUUCCCUUAUCGGACCCGCCGAUCCUCUUCCAAGCCGAGUCGCCGUCCACCAUAUCACCACGCAGCCUGAUCUUCACCAGGAACUCCGACGGUUUCGGGAGUUAGAAAAGGUGGCCGCCCAGCCGAUACUCACGCCAGAGGAGUCUCGUUGCGAGCGACUUUUCGUUGAGACUCACGCACGUGAUGCGAAGGAACGCUACAUUGUGCGGCUCUCUCGCAAGGAGAACCCGACGACGGGACUUGGAGCUUCCCGCCACGGGGCCUUGCGAAUGCUCCUCAGCACUGAGCGCCGUUUGACGCGCGAUCCGUUGCUCAGGGAGCGAUAUCACGACUUCCUGGCGACCUACGCCUCCUGCGGGCACAUGAAACCGGCACCCCGCGGCGAGACAAUCGGCGAGCAAUAUUACCUGCCGCACCAUGCGGUGGUGAAGGCGUCAGAUCCGGAAGGUAAAAUCAGGGUCGUUUUCAACGCCUCCUUCCGGACCACUACGGGAAUCUCAUUGAACGACGUGCUGAUCCCGGGACCGAAGCUGCAGGCGGACCUAUGGCUGGUCCUCACACGCUGGCGUCUGCAUCGAUUUGCCUUCACGACGCCCAUCGUGAAGAUGUUUCAACAGAUCCGGGUGCAUCCGCAGGACCUUGAUCUCCAGCGGAUCUUAUGGCGGGCGGAUCCAGCGGCGAUGGUGCAGGACUACCGGCUCACCACCGUCACCUAUGGCACGGCCUCUGCGCCGUACCUGGCCAUAAGGACUCUGUUACAGCUCGCGCAGGACGAGAGCCAUCGAUUUCCACUCGAGGCAGCUGUACUCCGGGCCAACACCUACGUGGACGAUAUCCUCGCGGGAGCAAGCUCGAUGGAGGAAACGCUCGAACUCCAGCGGCAGACUGUGGCUCUCUUCGCUGCCGGCGGCUUCCAACUCAGCAAAUGGGCAGGGACUCAUACCGUGUUGUGUCCGGCCGUGGGCAGAACCGAACGACUCAUCUCCAGGGUGGACAACGUGGGUGCUCUAGGAGUACUCUGGGUUCCGGCGAACGAUGAGCUUCACCUUCGAGCGGUCCCCGCGCUGUCGAAGGUCGAGAAUCCGACCAAGCGCACCAUCCUUUCAACUGUGGCCAAACUUUUUGAUCCGACGGGCUGGGCGGCUCCCGUGAUCAUAGGCGCCAAGAUUCUCAUCCAGGACUUAUGGAUGGCUGGAUUGGAUUGA